ACUUUGAUGGCAGAAUCGAGGGAGCGGUAGGAGCGGUAGAGUCCCGCGGGCAAGUUUGUACUGUUAUUACUCGUCAAUACGUCUCGUCAAAGAAUGUUUGCCGCAAGAAUUUUUUUCACAAAAGUACAAAGUCCUUUAUGCAGAGCAUGCACGACGAUGCAUUCGAAGCUGAUCCAAGUUGCACACAAUCCGGAUUCCGGUAUUGCCAUCGUAUCGUUGGGACGUCCGCCUGUAAAUAGUUUAAAUAUGGAAUUGUUAAAUGCUUUGACUGCGACCUUGGUGGAUAUACAGAAGAAGAAAGAAUGUAAAGGUGUUGUAUUAACAUCUUCGUUGCCGAACGUGUUUUCAGCAGGACUCGAUAUAAUGGAAAUGUAUAAUCGAACCGAGAAACAAUUGACCGAAUUUUGGAACGCGUUACAAGACAUGUGGUUGACUUUAUACAAUUUAAAGAUGCCAGUAGCCGCAGCUAUUAACGGUUCCAGCCCUGCUGGAGGAUGCUUCAUGGCACUUUCUUGCGAGUACAGAGUUUUGGUCGACGGGGAACAUACCAUAGGGCUGAACGAGACGAGAUUGGGUAUCUCUGCUCCAGAUUGGUUCAACACUCUCUAUGUCGAUGUGUUGGGUUACCGAAACGCCGAAUUAGCACUCUUACGAGGAACAUUAUUUCAACCGAAGGAAGCACUGAGAGUCGGACUCGUGGAUGAAUUAGCCUCGGACAAGGCAAGCGCAAUUAAACAGUGUGAAAGUUACAUUGAAACUUUUCGAAUCAUACCUCCUAUCGGGCGAGAGAGGACGAAAUGGAAUUUAAGAAAACGUAACACACUUUGGAUGAAAGUGAAUAGAACUGCGGAUGUCGAAGAAUUUCUAUCGUUUGUUCAAAUGCCAAAAGUACAAGCUGGUCUGAAAUUGUACAUUGAGUCUUUGAAGAAAAAAUGAGGAGAGACAUUUAACGCUGCCGCCGCCUGCCUACGAUAUCUGUCUGUUGAAAUUUUGAUAUUUUUAUAUAGCAUCAUUUUUGGCUAAAGCUAAACAUGUCCAAAUAAAAGCAUGUUGACAUUAUAUUUUUCGAAUAAACGAGCGCAAUUUAAUGGAA